CUCGCGGGGUGACCGCUAUGACCGUAAGAUGAUUAUAAGAAUGUGCUACAGAGGGCCGGAUAGUUAUUGUUAUUACGGUUAUUACCAAUGUGAUCUAUGUUGUUUAUUUGCAUAUAUUUGUUUUCUCAGUAAAAAUAUCUGAGUGAUAUUUUGUGCCUGUAUCAUGUGUAUGAUAAUUACCAGUUCUACCAGUACUAUGUUGUAUUAUUUGUACGCUAAAUUAUAUCCCUUCCAUUUGGGGUUUUAAGUAUAAUAUCGGACAACAGUGAUUUUCAGUACAACCAGUAGCAGAAAUGGUGCAGGGAAAGAAUUGUGACCAUUGUGACUGUGCCGGACUUGUUUUCCAGAUCAAUUAGGUCCACUUUCUUUUUACAUUUCUGGAAGCAGGGAAGAAGGGGUUUGAGAAAACGAUAAGAGGAGAUCGGAAAUGUCUUGUAAUUAUGCAGAUGGUCUGUCACAUUACAGUAACAAAGGAAAACUUGGUCUAAAAGAGAAAUUUGAUAGCAGAGAAGAUGUAGGAAGCAAAGUUGUGCAACUUGCAGAAUGGAUUUCUGCAACAAAACAUACAGUAAUCCAUACAGGUGCAGGAAUCAGCACAUCAGCUGGCAUUCCCGACUUCAGAGGCCCUAAUGGAGUAUGGACAUUAGAAGAAAAAGGGUUGAAACCAGAGGUUAAUAUCUCAUUUGAUGAGGCAGUGCCAACAAAAACUCACAUGGCUAUUGUGAAGCUUGUGGAAAGUGGAAAGGUGCAGUAUGUGGUAAGCCAGAACAUAGAUGGUUUACAUUUGCGUUCAGGAUUACCUCGCACUCACAUUGCAGAGUUGCAUGGCAACAUGUUCAUUGAACAGUGUAAUCAGUGUGGUCAUCAGUUUGUGAGAAAACAUCCCACAUCUACAGUUGGACAGAAGUGUCUUGAAACACCAUGUCCAGGUUUUAGACGCAAUGGAAGGCCUUGUCGUGGAAAACUCCAUGAUACUAUCCUCGACUGGGAACACAGCUUACCAGAAAAUGACUUAGGGAUGGCAGACUUCCAUUCUUGUAUUGCUGAUCUCAGCAUUUGUCUUGGAACAACACUGCAAAUUGUUCCAAGUGGAAACCUUCCACUCUACACAAAGAAGUUUGGGGGACGCCUAGUCAUCUGCAAUUUGCAGCCAACAAAACAUCAGGACCGCAAAGCAGAUCUCAUAAUCCAUUCAUAUGUGGAUGAUGUAAUGGUGCAGCUGAUGAAGUUGUUAGAUCUGCCUAUUCCUGAAUAUAGCAGAGAGAAAGACCCAACUAAAUUAGUUUCAGGUGACAGUGGAGCAUAUACAGAUUGGACAAUUCCAGAUAGCAAUGUGAAAAUUAUGAGAACACUAUAUGAGGAGAAAUGCUGCAAGCAGUCUAAGAAGAGGGCAUGCAAGACAGAUAUUGAAAGGAAAGAUGAUCUGCAUUUUGAGCAACAAAAAAGGAAAAAACCAAAAGAAGAAGAAAUGUAUAAGAAUAGCAUUUGCACCUCACAGACACAGGAUGUAACAGAAAUUGUUACACAUGGUCUAGAAAGUAAAAGUAAUGUGACAGCAGCUGUGAAGGGUGAUCAGGAAGAUGUUAGAGAUAAUACAGAAUAUGAAGUAAAAAUUGAAAAUGACAGUGAAGGAAAAUCUGAAGUUAUUAUACAACAUCCUCAGGACAUACCACCCAGUGAACUUCAGCACGAGGUAGGUGUAAUUGAGGUACAUUGCCAUUGAAUGCCAAGCCCUCAGCUUUUUGUAUAAUCUUUAACCUAUAAAUCUUUUAUUUGAUACAGCAUAAUAUUUGAACAUUUUUCCUGGCUCUGGUUUGGGAAGUCUGGAAGUGUGAUCGUAGAAAAAAGAACACUAAUUAUGUCAAAGGAGUCCAAGAAAACAAGGUCAAUGCAGAUAAUUUGUUGAAUUAUCAUUUCUGUCACAAUUACUUCGAUGCGUACGUAAAUACUCAUAAUUUUUCGUUUACACACACCCAGAAGUGCAUUUAAACUCAUAAUUAAGUGGUUCUCAGGAUGAAUCAGUGUGUUAGUGUGGUUUAUAGAAUGAUUCAGAGUUUGUGAAAUGUAUUCAUACAAUAAAAUGUGAUGUAUUGAGAGUCAAAUUAAGAUCUUUUGCUGUAUUAUGGAGUUUGUAUAUUAGAACUCUUGUUAAGUUGCUUCCAUGAAUAAAGUUAACAGUUUCUUAAUGUAUGAACAUGAAAAACCUAGUCCAAAAAUCUUGGUUUAGGUUAUCACAUACCCUCAAAAAUUGGAGAACUUCCCUUAUAGUUUCAGCUAUGUGUGCUUUGUGAGAUUUGGGGUUUUCAAGGUGAUGACUAUGAAGAUUACUGUCUUCUGGAUUGUGAGGCCAUGUAGUCUGAUAGAUCAGUACAGAUGUUUUGGGAAACCUAUUGCCAUUAGGGUAGAAGAGUAAGUCAUACCAUUCCUCCUUGAAGAUGGAGGCAUCAGGUUCCUCCAAAGCUCUGAUAAUGAUCUACCAGACUACACAGAUCACAAUUCAAAGGACACUACUCCUUAUAUUGGCUUUGUAUUCAACAACAGCCAUGAUGUUCCAUCUAAGCUAGAAUUUUGUACUGGCCUAGUUCCCAUUUUCAGAUACAUUAUGUCCGGAAUGCAGAAACUGCAAUGUGUUACAUAAAAAUAAAAAUUGUGAGUGUAUACUUGGAGGUAGAGAUUGUAAGAUAAUAUUAAAAUAGAUCUUAGAAACAUAGGAUGGGAGGAUUUGGAUUUAAUUUAUAUGGUUCAA